AUGUCUGGUUCAUUCCCCUCACGUGCAUGGCAGAAACCAUAUCAGCUAUCGUCAACACAGAUCUCGGCUGAACUCAAGGAAGCUAUUCACUCAGGGCUAGGGAAGAACUUUCAAAACGACUAUAAGAAGGUUUCUGUAGUCCUCAUGCACUUCCAGGAUGACGAUAUUGGCUGCGAUCCGCUCGAGGAAGAACUAGCGGACAUCUUCAGCAACUUCUAUCACAUUCACAUGAUCAAACGCCUGCUGCUCACGAAUCACGAUAACCCGCACUGGCUUAUAUUCAAAGAGAUCGAAGUGCUGGAGAAAAAAGGAUUCACAGCCAAGGACUGUCUGGUCAUCCUUGUCUUCUCUGGUCACGGACAAGUUCAGCCUGCGCGCAGUACAGAUUCGCUCCGAGUACCCGAAAAGAGGCUGAUGCUCGGGGGUGCAAUCGAUGCUAACGGAAAGUUCCGCACGAAAGAGUUGGACUGGGUAAAGGCAACCGAUAUCCUUGGGACGGAAGAAUGUGAAGUACUGCACAUCAUGGACUGCUGCUACGCCGCCGAGUGCAUGUUGGCAGACGCAGAGUUGUUGGCUGCUUCAACGCAGGUAGCUGCUGCAGACCCUGACACAUGCUUCACAAAGGCUAUAUGCACCCAACUCCGUCGCUUCUCGGGUAAGCAGUUCACAAUUUCCACGCUUUACAACGCCCUCAUGACGGAGCGGAGGGCUUUGAACCUCGAAGCGAUCCCAUUCUACCAUCGACGCGACGGCAAACCCUCGAUCGUCUUGGGAAAGUACAAAGGCAAGAUAGCUUCAGCUCCACCUCUCAAGCCAAAUAGCCCACGUAUCUUGCUCACUGCGCAUCUGAAGGAGUCUGUCGACGACAAGGUCCUUGGCAAUUUGAAGAAAUGGCUCAGCGAACAGUUGCCUUCCUCGAUCAUGAACAUGGAGAUAAAAUUGGAAGGCGCCUGGGACGCCUCAUCUUCGGUUAUCCUCUUCUCACUCCCCAUCUCGGUUUGGACCCAGUUGGACCGCACCAACAUGGCGUUCAACUAUGUCGGUGAAGUCACCUCGCACAACAAGUUGUUGGAGCAAGGUACCACAACGCUUUCCAUACGACCUCCUCAGGGCUCGGAGAACCUCAAACCCGGACAGUCCUCUGAACAGAAGUGA